AUGAGUACAACUGUCAAUAGUUACGGAAAAAGCACCUUAGUUUUGCCUCGGAAGAGAGGAAGACCACGUAAAGACACUAAUGAAGUUACUGCUAUUGAUGUUGAACAAACACCUCUGCAGCAGGCAACAGCAUAUAAUCAAAGCAGUGCUGUUACGAAUGCAUCAACCAUUGAAAUCACAACGUCCGCAAGUGAAUACAGUCAAUCACUGAAGAGAAAGACUACCGAUAAUAGUACAACACAAAAGAAAGCAAAGGUUAUACGCCUCAAAAGAGAGAAGGCUGUAGCAAUUACAGCACCCCCAAGGAUAGCCAAGCAAGAAGCAGGCCAAUUAUCUGUUCCGAAAAAGGAACGCAAGAGGAGAGAGAAGGUUCAGAAAGAAGCUAAAGUGAAGAAAGAAGCUAAAGUGAAGAAAGAGCGUAAGAAGAGAGUAGUCCUCAAGUUACCUCCUGAAGCUAAUAUAUAUCUGUCCGAUACUAUGCGUGGUAGAGUGUUGAGAGCGAUGAAGCAAAGAAUGUUCGUUCUCUCCAGGCAACUUUCACCUGAAGAUGAUUCAGUCGAAUCCUUCGACGUAAUUGGCAGUGUUGGCAACACAUAUAAAGUAUCUAUCGGCCACAGAAUCAGUUGUGAAUGCAUGGAUUACAGAAUUCGACGUACACACUGUAAACAUAUUCUCAUGGUUCUAUUGAAAGUUUAUCGUCUUCCUUAUGACAGCCCAUUAUUUCAAUCAAUGAAUACCACCCGUGAACAGCGUCUCAUCGCCAGGAGGUUCGGUAGAAUGGUCGAUCCUUCUGUUUUGGUUCCUCUAGCCAUACGCGAGAGAAUCCUGCGUAUGACACAUCAUGAACACCCCGAUGUACCCACUGCAGAAGUCAAAGAAGAGGAAAAGAAAGAGGAAGAACAAGGCAUGCGUCGACCAUUAGAUACCUCAGACUGCCCCAUCUGUUUCGAAACGUUCGAAGAACAAGCUAUUGACGAUAUUGAUUUCUGCAAAGUUUGUGGUAACAAUAUUCACACAGAGUGCUUCAAUAUGUGGAGAUCUUCCAAGGGCAACAGAAAUGUCACCUGUGUUUACUGUCGUUCCGCUUGGGUAUUUGCUACUGAUAACGGCAACAGCACUUCUAAUGGCAUUUCAAGGCGACCAGUUCAUGAACUCGACCGUGACCACAUCUUUGAAGGCGUUCCUAAUUUUGCCGAAGAAUUAGCUCUUCAGCGUAAACGAGAUACAUCAAGUUACAGUCGUGGGCCUCGCUAUGGUUACAGCUUCAGCUUUGACUAA